CAUAACAUGGCCUCCUAUCUCUUUCUCUGCCUAUUUCUCUUCUUUCCCCAUCUUUAUGCUUCUUCUUCAAGAUCUCAUUCCUGCUCUUCACUAAUCCAGUUUAAGAACUCUUUUUCCAUAACAAAGUAUGUUUCUUGGCAUUGCGAUGAUAUUGCUGGCCUUAAAUCUUAUCCCAAGACAUAUUCAUGGGAGGAGGGUACAGAUUGCUGCUCAUGGGAUGGGGUCACUUGUGACCACCUAAAUGCUCAUGUGAUUGCCCUUGACUUGAGCUGCAGUUGGCUAUAUGGCAACUUCCCUUCCAAUACCACUCUCGUCCUUCUUCCUCACCUUCAAAAACUCAACCUUGCCUACAAUGAUUUUAAUCUUUCCAAAAUUCCAUCUGAGUUUGGUCGGUUUGAAAGUCUAGUAUAUCUCAACCUUUCUCACACCAAUUUCGUAGGAGAGGUCCCAUCCCAAGUCUCCCCUCUGUCAAAAUUGGUUUCACUUGAUCUCUCAUCUUGGAAUUAUGACUCUGAGCAAUUUACAAUUGACCAACAUGCUCUGGAGGGACUUGUUCACAACCUAACCGAGGUCAGACAUCUGUUUUUGAAUAGAAUCAACAUGUCUUCUAUUAAUCCUCAUGUCUUUAUGAAUCUAUCCUCUUCUCUAAGGUCUCUCAGUCUUGCUUAUUGUGAUUUGCAAGGAAAAUUCCAAAAACACAUUUUUGAUUUGCCAAACCUCAAUUUCCUCAACUUAAGAGGCAACCAAUUGACUGGACAAAUUCCAAGAUCAUUGGGGAACCUCUUGCAACUCACUCAUUUAGACUUGUCAGACAACCAAUUAAGUGGACAAAUUCCAUUAUCAAUUCCAAACCUAACGCAGCUUGAAUUCUUGGAUAUAGCUCAAAAUUCAUUAGAAGGUUCCAUUCCAGAUGAGGUAGCCGCUUUUCCUAAUCUAAAAUAUUUAUACUUAUAUGACAAUUUACUCAAUGGAACACUUCCGUCAUGGUUGUAUACUGCUCCCUCCUUAAAGGUAGUGGAACUCUCUCAAAAUCAAUUCAGUGGGCAUAUCAAAGAAUUCCAAUCCAAAUCACUAGAAUAUUUAGAUAUAGCAAAUAAUAAACUCCAAGGUCCUCUUCCAUCUUCAAUAUCCCAACUUCUCAAUCUUACCGACCUUAUUUUAUCCUCAAAUAAUCUUAAUGGUGUCAUAGAGUUGAGCAUGUUCUCAAACCUUUCAAAUCUCAAUUAUCUUGGCCUUUCAUAUAACAGCCUAUCCUUAACAUCUAAUAGCAUUUCUAGUGUUAACCAUAUAUUGCCUAAUCUUACAGGCUUAUUUUUUUCAUCUUGCAAUCUUAGUGAAUUCCCCCAUUUUUUGAAAGGGCUUAAAAGUUUGGGAAGCUUAGACCUCUCUUACAACAGAAUUGAAGGCAAGAUUCCACAGUGGAUGCAAGAGGUGGGGAAUGACUCUUUGACUUACUUAAAUGUAUCUCAUAACUCUUUGACAGAAGUUAAGCAAUUUUCAUGGAAGAAUAUUGCAGUUCUUGACUUAAGCUCCAAUUUGAUCCGUGGAAAUCUUCCGAUUCCAGCUUCGUCGAUCAAUACCUUUCUGAUCUCAAAUAAUAGUUUCAAUGGAGAGGUCUCUUCUUUAAUCUGCAAUGUCACUUCUCUUCAAAUUCUUGAUUUGUCCCACAAUAACUUGAGUGGAACAAUUCCGCGAUGUUUAGGAAAUUUGAGCGACAGCCUUGAAUUCUUGAAUCUGAAGAAGAACAAGUUUUAUGGGACGAUUCCUCCAACAUUUGCAAAGGGAUGCCAAUUGAGUAAUUUGAACUUAAAUGGAAAUCUGUUAGAAGGGCCUUUAACACCAUCCAUCCUUAAUUGUAAUGGUCUGGAAGUGCUAGAUCUUGGUAACAACAAGAUCAAUGAUACAUUUCCUCAUUGGUUGGGAAGUCUUCCACAGCUACAAGUUCUUGUAUUGAAGUCAAAUCAUAUGCAUGGUUCCUUGUGUGUCAAUAGCUCCAAGUCUAGCCCUGUUUUCUCUAAAAUCCAAAUUUUUGAUCUCUCAAGUAAUUAUUUUUCUGGACCCCUACCAGUGAGAUACAUCAACAGCUUCAAGGCUAUCAUAAAUCUAGAGACGAUUGGUAGUACAGUGUCGUACAUGGGGGUGUAUGUUCAGGGAGGUAGUGCCUUCUAUACCUAUUCCAUUGGAAUUGUUCUGAAAGGACGAGAUGUGGAUUUGGUGAAAAUUUUCACCAUGUGGAUGAUCAUUGAUCUAUCAAACAAUCAGUUUGAAGGGGAGAUUCCAAAGGUUAUUGGGAAGCUUAACUUACUGAAAGGGCUCAACCUUUCUCAUAAUAACCUUAAUGGUGGUAUCCCCACCUCAAUAGGGAAUUUGACAAGUCUGGAAUGGUUGGACCUAUCUUCAAACAGGUUGUCUGGGACGAUUCCAAAUAGAUUGGCAGAUCUGCCAUUUCUUUCGUCCUUAAAUGUUUCUGAAAAUCAACUCCAUGGUCAGAUUCCUCAAGGAAAACAAUUCAACACAUUUGGAAAUGAUUCAUAUGAAGGAAAUAAGGGACUAUGUGGGUUUCCGGUCUCGAAAGGUUGCAAAAUCAUUGAGCCAGCCCCUCCAAAUGUGCUUGAAAAAGAUGGCUCAAAAUCAAACAUUGCUUGUGGUUGGAAAGUGGUGUUGAUAGGUUAUGGAUGCGGAGUAGUGUUCGGAAUGGCCAUGGGAUAUGUUGUUUUCCAAACUGGUAAGCUGAGAUGGUUGGUGAAUUUGGUUGAAAACCAACAUGAGAAGAAGCGAAGAAGAAAGUCAAAGAAAGGAAAUCGCAACAAUAGACGAAGAAGGAUCUAAUUACUGCAAAUGAUGUUGAAGAAUUAGUGUUGUAUUUUCAUAAUUUCUUGUUUUAAUUGUAGACCAUUUUGCCUAUGGUGGAGGGUUGCAUUGGUAUGUGUAUGUUGUUAUUAUUGUACCAAUUCCUCUGUCUUUUAUUGCAUUUUGUACUAUCAGUAAUUGUUUGUUUGAGUGUAACAUUUUGUAUGGUGGUGUUGUUUAUGUCUUCUUUCAUGGCUUUCAAUUCAGUCUCAAUAAUCUCUAUUGUAUUUUUAUAA